CGUGGCGGGGCGGGGCGGCCGACGACGCGGGAUCUUGGCAGCCCCAGGGCUUUCCCGCCAUGUCGUUCGUGGAGAGCCGGACGGCCUCGGCUCCGCGGCGUAACCGCCUAGUCACCCAAACCCCGCUGGCUAGACCUAAGUAUUCUGCCUUCACGCGGACGGACGGCUGGGGUGAGGGAGAAGAAGAGGAGGAGGGCUGCGAGCCCGUGGCCCGAGACUUGAGGGCGGAGUUCUCGGCUGGGGCGUUGUCGGAGCCCCGGAGGGGCCCGCCGCCCCCUCUCGACGGCGACGGGUCGCCGGUCCUGCCGGACAAGCGCAACGGGAUCUUCCCUGCGGCCCAGGGCAGCCGGGCCCCAGCUCGCCGCUGGCCUGUCCAGAUCCUCUCUAUUCUCUGUUCAUUGCUGUUCGCCGUGCUCCUGGCUUUCCUCCUCGCCAUCGCCUACCUGAUCGUUAAAGAUUUACAUGCUGAAAAUUUGAAAAAUGAAGAUGAUGGAAAUGCUGGACUAUUAGGGUUUUGGACUCUGCUCAUAAUAUCCCUAACUGCUGGAUUCUCCUGUUGCAGUUUUUCUUGGACAGUAACUUAUUUUGAUUCUUUUGAACCAGGAAUGUUUCCUCCUACUCCUCUCUCACCUGCCAGGUUCAAGAAGUUGACUGGACAUUCUUUCCACAUGGGCUAUAGCAUGGCAAUUUUGAAUGGUGUUGUAGCUGCUCUUACUGUGGCAUGGUGCCUUCUGUAAAUCCACACUGGAACAAUGUUGUUGGCAGAGUGGUGAUUGUUCAUUAACAACAGAAAAGAUGAUCACUGCCUACUGAUAACUGAGAAGACUAAGAAGCAGAGAUGCAUGUCAUAGUCAUGAUGGAAGACCUUUAAAAGCAUUCUUCUAUAGUCUAGGCAUUGAGGAUAUUUAAGUGUUGUUUCAAAUAAUUCCUUCAAAGUAUAUUGUACCUCAUCAUUUUACUUUUCUAUGUGUAGUUUUUAUCAGUUGUAGAGAACAUUUUAAUGGUGAUCAAACUUGAAAACUUGAAUAUAAGAUAUGCCUACCUUUCCAUGUAAAUACUACAUUUUUGCUAAGAAAUGCUGAUGUUGCUGUUUAAUCAAGAUAAUAUUUCUUAUUUAUAACAUUUUCAAAACAAUGCCUACAAUGCGAUUUUAAAGAAGCUACUUUUUCAAAAUCAGGGUAGUUUUGAUACUCAUAAUCACUAGAAGGUGCAUUUAUAUUCUUACGGGCUAUAAUUUCUUAUGUGUUUUGCAUAUUUUCCUACUACAUGAUGAAUUUAUGUUUUUUAAAAUGAUUACAUCUAGACAACUGUAAGUGCUAUUUCUUAGCUGGUACAAACUAGCCAUUUUACUAAGUACUUUGUCUUUAUAAAACACAAGCACAUUGGCUAGGUUUAAAAUUAAGUAAAUUUAUUUUUUUGACAAUAAAAAUCACUGAAAAGGUAAAUUAUUUAAGUCAUUUAAAUAUUGAGAAAUUUGAGGCUGUAAACUAUUCUCUUUUCCACAUUUUGAAAUAUUUGAUGUAUUUAUGGUUACUUCACAAAAGUUGCAUUAUUUUGUUUUAAUAA